AUGCAUAUCUCCGCACCCGCUUUCAUUGCCCUCAUAGCAGCAUCCCUCACCAUCGCUGCCCCCACAAAUACCAACCCCUCCCACAAGAAAAGCUACCUCGAAGACUGCGAAAAAGACCUCAACGAAAAGUGGAACAGGCCAACCUCAACCUGGAAGAAACACGAAAGACUCUUCGACUUCGACGCAUUCUACAUCGUCAAAGCGACCCCCGACCAAGUCAUCAACACAACCCAGACCCCUGCUCCCGGCCAGCCCGGCGCAAAAGGCCUGUUCAAAUACGGGAUUAAUGUUGCUGAGAAUACGAUCUGCUAUAAUAUCACUCUCUUCGGCGUGACAGGCCCCUACCAGUCCGCCGCCCUGACGGCCACACACAUCCACGAAGCACGCAAGGACCGUUCAGGCCCGCCGCGCAUCGCGUUUCCCAACCCGAAAGGACCCGAUGAGCGCCGUGUUUCUACAGGGUGUCUUACGGGCCCGUUCAAGACGGGGAUCAACAGCACGGAUGGCGUGGACACGGGGACGGGUUUCCAUGUGAAGCAGAUUGUGGAGAACCCGGAGGCUUUCUUCACGGAUACACAUACGAAGGCGUACGUGCCGGGGGCGGUGAGGGGCCAACUUGGGUAAGUGGGCUGGGCUAGAGAGGGUGUAGGG